AUGUUUGGAUCCUUCGACAUGUCGUCCUUCCGUGGAGUUGGCAUGAUUAUUCUCCAGAUCCUCCGAGUCUUCACUAUCAUCGGACUCCUGGCCGCCGAGACUGCUUGUGCGGUCUUGAUUGCCAAGGUCAAUACCGGAAACCCAUACUGCGUCUUCGAAGCAACCUCUAUGGUCUUCACAUGUGGCAUCGCCCUCUUCCUCAUCGUCUCUGAGAUUGGUGUCUUCCAGAGAUUCUUCCGCAAGAACUGGCCUGCCUUCUCUGACCAGCAUGGUCUUGGGUGGCUUGGCUUUGCCAUCAUCAUCGUCGCCUGCAACAUUCUCGGCAAGCUCAACAACUCCAACUCAUCGGCUGAAUCCCUCGGAAGCAUGUCCUUCUGGCAACUCACCCUUGCUGCGGGUAUCCUCAACCUGACUUUCGGCGUCCUGAAUGUGAUCGCCAGCUUCGUCUUUUCAGACCGCAAGAACGGAGUCAAUGCUCGCGAUGUCCGCACUCAUGGCUCUCUCGCCGGCGAUGGUAACGAGGUUGCAUCCCUUCACUACCCCCCAAGCUCUACUCCCUCCACAGUUGGACAGGAGAAGGGAGCCAGCAAAUUCGCCUCCAUGUUCUGGAAGCGAAACAAGAACAACACCAACGAGACCGUGCGGGAGGCUCCCAGGCCCAACAUCAGCGCCCCAAUGCCCGCUCACCGUGACGUUGAGCAUGAUGCAGGUGCCGAGCAGAUCAAGCCUCGGUCGCCCAUCAACCCUUCUGUUGCGCGCCCUGACUCGAUCUACCACCCCAUUCACAACCUGCGGGCCAGCAGCCACUACUCCGAGGCGCACAUCUCCCGCUUCUAA